AUGUCGUCUCUUCUGGAUCUGGCCCUCAAUUCGGACGCUGCGCCCACGCCAUCGAGCGCAUACGGUAACGAUGCACGAACACCCCAGAUGCGAUCCUCGUCGGCGAGGCCCCGCGGACCGCCCUCUGAGAGUGCUGGCGCAAACAGUGAUAUAGAAGGCGACCCAGAUGACGAGAUUAUCGGAGCACGAGUACCAGGCAGGCGGACCAAUGCCCCUCGAACAGACAUCCCCAAGGUGGUCGAUGUUACUGGAGAGACGCUAUCGUUGCGUUUCCAGGAGUUCCUCGAGAACUACACAGAAGACCCGUCGUCUUCGGCGCUGCCCACUUCGAGCGCGGUCCCUACCACCGACAAGUACUACAUUGCCCAAAUACGGGGUAUGCGGCUGUACGGCCUCUCUACUCUCUACGUCGACUACACGCACCUUCUUAGACACGAGGAUGGCAUCCUUGCCGCUGCGAUUGCAAGCGAAUACUACCGCUUCCUGCCCUACAUGAUUCGCUCACUGCACAACCUCAUUGCAAAGUACGAGCCCAAGUACUUCCGUCAGCACAAGCAGCCAGCUUCGACAGCUUCGGUGACGGCUACGUCCAACGCCGGGAACUCGGAGAGCCAGAAUGAAAGUCUCAACGAGAAGACGGCGAAUCAGCAGACGGACAAGCUCUUCACCUUGGCGUUUUACAAUCUGCCUCUUGUUUCGCGCAUUCGCCAGCUCCGCACCACGUCAAUUGGCAGCUUGUUGUCCAUCUCCGGCACCGUAACUCGAACCUCGGAAGUUCGCCCAGAGCUCUCAAUGGCGACUUUUGUAUGCGAGAUUUGCAACACGGUCGUGCCAAAUAUUGAACAAACGUUCAAAUACACCGAGCCAACACAAUGUCCCAACAUAACGUGCAUGAACAGGGAAGGCUGGCGACUGGACAUUCGGCAAUCUACCUUUGUCGAUUGGCAAAAGGUGCGCAUCCAGGAAAACAGCUCCGAGAUUCCCACUGGUAGCAUGCCGCGCACAAUGGACGUCAUUCUGCGAGGAGAAAUGGUGGACCGUGCAAAGGCUGGAGAGAAGUGCAUCUUUACGGGCACUGUCAUUGUCAUUCCCGACGUGAGUCAGUUCCGCGUUCCUGGUGUGCGGCCGCAAGCAAUGAGGGAUACUUCGAAUACCACGCGAGGCAACGACGUCGGCGGGUCUGGCGUGAGCGGUCUCAAGGCUCUUGGUGUCCGUGACCUCACUUACCGCAUGUCCUUCCUGGCAUGCAUGGUCUCGCCCGAUCACUCCACCCCUGGACAAUCUUCCAACCAUUACUUGACAGGCCAGGCUAGCAAUAUCCUCGCAUCGCUUGGCCAGGGUCAAAUCGAGUCCAAUGCAACAAGCGGCGAGGAGGCACAAGAAGAGUACCUUGGCACUCUGACUGCGGCCGAGAUUCAAGAUCUCAAGGACAUGGUGCACAAGCCCAACAUCUUUAUGCGAUUAGUCGACUCAAUCGCGCCAAUGGUGUACGGCCACCAGGUCAUCAAGAAAGGUCUGCUGCUCCAGCUAAUGGGGGGCGUGUCCAAGGAAACACCAGAAGGCAUGUCACUACGUGGAGAUAUCAACAUUUGCAUUGUCGGCGACCCUUCGACGUCAAAAUCGCAGUUCCUCAAGUACAUUUGCAGCUUUCUUCCUCGCGCCGUCUACACUUCGGGUAAGGCUUCAUCAGCUGCUGGUCUCACAGCUGCCGUUGUCAAGGACGAGGAGACUGGCGAGUUUACGAUUGAAGCUGGAGCACUCAUGCUUGCUGACAACGGCAUCUGCGCCAUUGAUGAGUUUGACAAGAUGGACAUUGCCGACCAGGUGGCUAUCCACGAAGCUAUGGAACAGCAGACCAUUUCCAUUGCAAAGGCGGGAAUCCAAGCAACGCUCAACGCCCGUACUUCGAUCCUGGCAGCAGCCAACCCGGUGGGCGGUCGCUACAACCGCAAGACAACACUACGCGCUAACAUCAACAUGUCUGCGCCCAUCAUGUCUCGUUUUGAUCUGUUCUUUGUGGUUCUUGACGAGUGCGACGAGGCUGUUGAUCGCCAUCUCGCAGAGCACAUUGUGGGUAUUCAUCAGCACCGAGAUGAGGCCGUGGAUCCUGAAUUCAACACGGAGCAAUUGCAGCGUUACAUUCGCUUUGCGAGAACCUUCAGGCCGGAAUUUACCGACGAGGCAAAGGAAACGCUUGUGGAGAAGUACAAGGAACUGCGUGCAGAUGACGCUCAGGGCGGCAUUGGGCGCAACAGCUACCGCAUCACGGUGCGUCAGCUGGAAAGUAUGAUUCGUCUUUCCGAGGCCAUUGCCAAAGCAAACUGCGUCACGGACAUUACCCCCGAGUUUGUCAAGGAAGCGUACAACCUUCUCCGGCAGUCCAUUAUCUCGGUUGAAAAGGACGACGUCGAGGUGGAAGACGACGACGACGAAGCUCUUCUUGCGGCAGCGGCAGCAGCAGAACAAGACGGCGAUGCGCCAAUGGAAGAGGACCAGCGAGAAGCAUCGCAAGCGCGCACAGCAACACCGGCCGUAGCACCGCGAGAAAAGACAAAAAUCACACACGACAAGUACGUGUCGAUGCGCAACAUGUUUGUCAAGCGCGUCAACCAAGACCAGGAGGAAACGCAGGACGGCGUCGAGGAAGAAGAGCUCCUCAUCUGGUACCUGGAGCAAAAGGAAAACGAACUCGAGACGCAAGAGGAUCUGGAAAAGGAGCGUGCGCUCGCCAAGAAGGUGCUCAAGAAGGUUGUCAAGGAACAAUAUCUCAUGUUGAUUCGGGGUGAAGGACUGGCAGAUGAACAGGGACAGGCCGAGGGCAACGAAAAGGUCGUGUAUGUGCUGCAUCCCAACUGUCCGAUUGAGGAUAUUGCUUGAGUAAGUUGUCGUGGUUGUUUUGCAAAGAUGCAGCAGCAUAGUCUCUCU